AUGGCGGACGAGCAGCCCGACAGCCUGGAGGGCUGGGUGCCGGUGCGCGCCGGGCUGUUCUCCGAGCGCGAGCGGCACCGGCUGCACUUCCUGGUGGGCUGGAACGCCGCCGAGGCGCGCUUCGCUGUCACCUGCCACGACCGCACGGCGCAGCGGCGGCUCCGCGCGGGGGCCGGGCCGGACGCGGCGCAGGCCGGGGCGUCGCUCGGCUGGUCCGGGCUGCUGUCGGCCGCCGCGCUCCGCGGCGCGCACCGGCAGCUCUCGGCGCUGUGGCCGCCGCUCGAGCGCUGCUUCCCGGAGUUGCCGGCCGAGCUGGACGCGGGGCGGCGCGGCGGCUGGACGCUGUGGGCGCGCGCGCCCGAGCCCGACGACGCGGAGCUGCAGGCGGCCUGCGCGGGGCUGGAGCGCUACCUGGGCCUGGCGGCCGACGGCUGCGGCGGCGCGGCCGUGCGCGACGCGCUCCUGCCCGCGCCCGGCGCGCCCGACGACUGCGAGAACCCUCGAGAGUUCCGGGAGCGCGCUCUGCGCGCCAGGAGCGAGGAGGCGAGCGUGCGCCUGCGCCAGGUUCUGCAGGGACAUGACCAGGCCAGCACCAUGGUGGCUCUGAUGAGGCUCUAUGCAGAGGAAGAGGAAGCCUACCAGGCACUGGUCACAUCGACCACCGCGUAUUUCCAGAACCUUCUGCAGCCCUUUAGGGACAUGCGCGAAGUCGCGACUUCAUGUAAGCUCGCUAUUUUGAAAUCUCUGGAGGAGGAGGAGCUGGGUCCCCGAAGGGUAGAUGCCCUGCAGAGGGAAGCCCAGGAGUGGGCGCAGCGGGUCCACGAGGCCGUGGUCUCCAUCCAGGACAUCACAGUGGAUUAUUUCACAGCGACAACAAAAGCUUUAGCAGGAAUGCUGAGGCAGAUGGAGAGGGACAAGAAGAGGUUUGGCCAGGCCGCCUGGGCCACCGCUAGGCCCCGCUUAGAAAACCUCAAGUUGCAGCUGGCUCAGGAGACACUGCAGCUGCUGAGGGCCAAGGAGCUGUGCUUAGGCCGCAGACGAGCUGCGAUUCGAGGGAAGAUGGAAGAUCUUCCAGAGGAAGAAAAGAACGUGGAUGUUGUGGAUGAAUUAGAGCUGCAAUAUUACGAGGUCCAAUUAGAAUCAUAUGAGAUUAAAUUUGAGAUAUUAAGAAAUGAAGAAAUACUGAUAAUUACACAGCUGGACUCUAUUAGAAGAUAUAUAAAAGACAAGGAGGAGGAGGUCAUCUACUACGAUCCCUGUGAGAGUCCCGAGGAGCUGAGAGUGGCUGAUGGUGCUGCUGAGCUGCAGGCUGAGGAGGACAAGGGCUGCAGCGGGGAUCUGGGAGCACUGCGCCGUCGCUGCCACCAGCUGGAGGCCCGCCGGGGCUGCAUCUGUGCCAGGAGAGCCCAGCUCAGGAACAGGAAGGUGGGCACUGAGGUGGUCCUCCCUCCCUUCAGGACAGGAAGGAUCGGUGCAGAGAAAAACCAUCAACUCAGGCUGCAACAGGCCCACGAGAGCACAAGGCGUUGUCAUCAGCACCACGGAGCCCAGAUGAAAAGGGACAGAAUCAAAGAGGAAGAAGGAAAGAGGAAAGAGUGGGUUGAACAAGAGCGGCAGAAACGCUGCAGCGGCUGCGCGCCUUUUAAGGAGGUGAAAGCUGGGCACGAUUUCAGGGAGAUGCUGGCCCUGCACACACCAAAACCCAGGUUCGGUCCCCAGCACACCAUAGUGCCCCGAGCCCUCAGGAGUGGUCCCUGGACUCAGAUCCAGGAGGAAGCCCUGAGAAUGGCUGGACAUCAGGGUCCACCGAAACCAAAGAUGCACUUGGGAUCAGGGAAACCAAAGAUGCACUUGGGAUCAGAAUGUGGAACCCCACCCCUGGCCCCGAGCCUCGACCUGCCAAGCCCAGAACUCCAAGAUUCCAGGACAACUGCGCCUUUGGGUGACCAAAUGCAUUGCACACCCAGGGACAAGGUGUUACCACCCCCUCCACCUCCACCUCCACUGCCACCGCCACCGCCACCACCUCCACCGCCCCCUCUAGCCCCUCCAGCUUGUCCUCCGCCUCGGGGCCUGCACAUCCAGACUUUGGGGAACAAUGACCACAAUGACCGACCGAGGCCCUUGGUGUGCGACUCAUCUGCUCAGACACUCGUUGCACUCUCCGCUGGAGCCCGAGGUCCAGGUUCCAUGGAUGAGGUACUGGCCUCUCUGCGGCAAGACCUGGCUCCCCAUGAUGCCAGGGAGGACAUUCUGGCUGCCAUCCGUCACGGAGUGCGGCUGAGGAAAGUGGUCCCGGGCCAAGCUCUGGGCCCCAGCGUACCCUGCACCAGUGACCUGGAGAGGAGUAUCAAGGCUGCGCUACAGCGAAUCAAGAAGGCAUCGGCAGACUCAGAGGAGGAUGAGCAGGAGCAGGGGCUGGGCGAGUGGGAACACUAAGGCAUGGGCGUCCCUGAGGUUAAGGCAGGGGCAGCAUUGGGGUGCCGGCACCUCAGCCC